AUGACCGAUGCAGAAAUUACUACAGUUGAGAGUAAAGUUUCUCUUUCCGAACAAGAUGAUUCGUUGAAAGAAGAACAACUCUUUGAUGCUGUUGAAUCGAAUAAUGUGGCUAUUGUGGAGAAUUUAAAAGAUGAACUUCAACGUUUAUGUCAAGCACGCCGACUUUUUCCUUCUGAAUGGUCGUCCCCAGAUAAAGAAACACAAUCAGCUUACCAACGUGCAUGUCUUCUUGGUCGUACAGACAUUGUGGUAUGCAUGCUGAAUGCCGGUGUUGCAGUCGAUCAAAUUUUUCUGGGUGGUGAUUCGUAUUCAACUAUGCGCGGAGCAUUCCUUUUUGCUUGUCAAUCACGUUCAAUGUCAACCAUUAGAGCUUUACUCAGCAGUGGUGCACCAAUUGACAAAUUUGGUUCAUGCUCUGUUGCCUACGCCAAUUCUUUUGUGCCUGGUAUUCGUGUGUUUGGUUUAUUUGCACAACAACCAGUUCCUUGGGAGAAUCUCUACCCAAUUCAUUUUGCCAUUAUUGAUAAUAAUCUCGAACUGUUAAGAGAAUUGCUGACACCCACUACAAACAAGCUACUUACCAUACAAUGGUUCACUCCUUUGCACAUAGCCUGUCUUUUCAAUCGAUCUCAAACAAUGAUCGAUCUAUUGCUCUCCUACGAAGAUGGUAAUGUUGCAAUAAUAGCCAAAACAGCUAACGGUAAGUUUCCUGAUGAGCUUGCUACUGAUCUGACAAUAAUCGAAUAUCUUCGACCUAAACGUACACUCGCUUACACUGAAAUGGAGAAAAAACGCCAGAAAAGUCAUGAUGACGAUUCAAAAGCACUCGAAGAAGGUACUGGCUUUCAAAUUUUCAUCAAAACUCUAACAGGCGCAACAAUAACAAUUACUGUCACGAGAGAUGAUACUGUCGAAGAUCUAAAAGCAAAAGUUCAGGACAAGCAAGGUAUCCCACCCGGUGAACAACGACUUAUCUACGGAGGCAAGCAAUUGGAAGAUAGCCGCUUACUUACCGACUACAACAUUCAAAAGGAAGCCACUAUUCAUCUCUUACUUCGUCUACGUGGUGGAUUUUAUUGUUGA